UAGAGUGAAAACUGUGUUGAGAAAGUGUGAGAAAGCCUCUGACUGUGUUACAGGGAGCAGAGAGGGAGGAGGACGAAGUGCAAGGGGUUUUGCUGCUGUGCUGGGAUCAUGUCUCUUAAUCAGAAGGUGGCUCUGGUGACUGGGGGGGCUCAGGGCAUUGGGAGAGCUGCGGUCCAGUCACUGUUGAAGAGCUCGGCCAAGGUAGCUGUUGUUGACCUGAACAAGACAUGCGGUGAAGAGUGCAAGACACAGCUGGAUGCAGAGUUUGGAGAAGGCAACUGCACCUUUAUUCAAUGUGAUGUGUCCAAUGGAGAUGCACUCAGAGAUGCCUUUCAGAGCACCGUGGACCAGUUUGGUCGUCUGGACAUCGUUAUCAACAAUGCCGGAAUCAACAAUGAGAAGAACUGGGAGAAAACUAUACAAGUGAACCUGACAUCUGUAAUAAAGGGGACCUACUUAGCCCUGGAACACAUGAGUAAAGAGUACGGCAAGGAAGGAGGCACCAUCAUCAAUGUAUCAUCUAUGGCAGCCUUCCUCCAUUCUCCUCAUCAGCCUGUCUACACUGCGACUAAACAUGGAGUCAUUGGCUUCACUAGAGCUAUGGCAGAUGCAUCCUCUCAGGGCAACUACGGGGUUCGAAUCAAUGUCCUGUGUCCAGCCUUCGUUGAUACACCUCUGCUGCACUCAGUGGAACAUGAGGACAACAUGGGCAAGUUUGUCAAGUUCAAGGAUGAUUUCAAACGCAGCAUGAACAAGUUUGGAGUUUUACAGCCAUCACUGAUAGCAGAGGGCAUGAUGAGGUUGAUCACGGACACAAGUCUGAAUGGAGCAGUGAUGAAGAUCACUUGCUCCAAGGGAAUCCACUUCCACACCUAUGAACCCAUGUCUGCUUGAGCUUUGACAUACUGGACUCCCUGCUGCUGCUGGAGGAACAAUGCAGCAUUGACCAGUCUGACUGCAAAACACCAGAGACUGGUUCAGGACAACAUCUGGCUGCUGCUGGAGUUAAUUUCCAGAACUGCAUCAAGUUUUGAAUGAAUGUUUGCGUUUUAUUAAUUUAACAAUUAUGUUAAUGAUACUAAUCAAAAUUAGAAAGCUGAGUGUUUUCACUAGUAGCCAAGAUAUAAAUCUAUGACAAAUGUUACAGAUCUGUCUUUCUACGUGUCUGUUGCAAGCAGUAGUUAACAGUUAUUGUCGUCUGCCUCAGACACAACUGAUUCUUUGAUCAAACAGUGUUAUUAUAAGAACUGUAACAGUUAUUAAGCAGCUGAUUUGAUAAAUAUGCUUAAUUUUUUUUAAUCCAGUAGGAUAGUUUGAUAUUUAAGUUUUUCUUAAUCCAGUAGGAUAGUUUGAUAUGAGACCUAUUUAUUGGUAUAUUAAAUUUAAUUUUUUAAAUUUAGUAAGGCUUAAAUUUAAUUUUUUAAAUUUAUUGGUAUAUAUUGGUAUAUGAAAAUGAAAAUUAUGGCCAAGUAUAUUUCAGGUUCGGACAAAACACUUAUCCUACAGAAACUGUAAUUAGAAAUUUUACAUGAAUAUGCAUAUUGUUAAUAGCAGGCUAAUGACCGAGACCACUAUCUUAUCUAUAUUUCUCCAUCUCUUGCACAUGGAGCAAAGCACUGAAACAGGCUCAUGGAAGGAAGCCUAUAGCAUCUAUAUUUGAGAAGCUUACUGUCCAAAGCCUUAAGUGUUAUGUUACAGUUGUUAUAUUUUACAAUGAGAGGUGUUAAGAACAGAUAUAAUGCCUUUGUUAAUUUAUUUUUUAAUACAGUACAUUUCAAUAAUAAAUGGUGAAUAUGCCAUUUUUUCAAAAUGUUUUCAUAGUUUAUGCAUAAAAAAUCUUAAUGUCCUUCAAACUAAUUAAUUUGCUGGUUUGACUAGUACAUUCUGGCAUGGACAUUUUAUCCAAAGACAGUAUACCCCUUAUAAUGUCUUUAUUACAAAAAAAAGAAUAUUUGCAUUUUUAAUCCUGGAAUAAAAGAUACAGAAGAAACGGUUCCUCAUUUUGCUGCAUCCUGUUCUUAUUACCAACAGGUGAAAAGUUAAGAAUCCAGUCUAUGAGAGAACUUACUCAGCUCAGUAUGUUAUGCUACAAUAUGACGCAACACAGUCCUGCAGCAGUUUUACUAUAACUAGUAAACAUGUUAGCAAGCUUUACAUUUUUAUAGUUUUCCAAAGAAAAAUCUAUAUGAUGAAAAUAUAAUAAGCACAACAAACACCACACAAAUGUAUACAAAGGUAACUGUAUUGCAGAAGUUGGAGCCUGUAGAAAUAAUGUGGUAAUCAGAACCUCUUAAAUUUGCUGUUCAAUAAUUGUGGAUAUCAAACAGAACAUAUUUCAUGAUAUAUUUCAUCAUAUUUCAAUAAAAAUAUUUUGAAUCUUUA